AUGAUUAAAUAUUUUUUCGGUUCAAUCAACUUUUUUAAAAAGCAAGCUAUACAAGAGACAGCUAGAGCAACUUCAACUAAAUUAGAUUAGAUUACAAAAUAAGAAUUAACUAGAGAAGACAUUGCCAAUUUCGAUUAGUUUUAUACUAAUUUUGUAAAAAGCAUGGUGGUCAAAGAAAAUGGAAGAAAAAAAGUUAUACAAUAAACUUUCACUCCAAAUAUUUAAUAAAUAUUGGAAUCUAAAAUUGGAAAUGAUUAUUUGUAAAUCAGCGCUUUUUUACAAUUUCGAAGAGAUUAAUUAAGAGAAGAAGAAAUUGUAUAUUGCUUAAGUGAAUUAAUCAGAGCUAAAUAAUAUAUUCAUUUGAAAAAUUCAGAUUAUUUACAACACAUUGAUUCUUUAAUUUCAGAUAAGAAAUUAUAGUUCACAAAAAUUGAAUGCAUUCAAUAAAUACUUAUUAUCAAUAAACAACUACAAUUCUUAUCAGUAGAUUCUUUGAGAUUGAUUGCAAAGCAAUUAAACGAGGUUGGAUAAUAUAUAGAAAAAGAACUUGAAAUAAAUAAAGAAGAAGAACCAUUAGAGAUUUUAGCAGAAGCAUUUAUUUUAGCAUCAUAAGUUGAAUACAACCAUACAAUAACUUAGUCGCAUCUUAUUCAUGUUAGAAAAAUAAUCAAAAGGCAUUUUAAAUUACUUAAAUUUGAUACUAUAAUGAGAUAUUUUACCACAAUAAUAAAAGUAUGUUUAAAUAAAUAAUUUUUAGUAUUAAAAUAAGCUUUAGACAGAAUUAGAUUCAAUAUUAGACAUAGAAGAGUUUUUUGGUGAAAAUUAUAAUGUUUUAACUUUGGAUAAUUAUUUGACAAUAAUUGAACAUUUGGCUCUUAUAAAGUAUAAGAAGAGAAGCGAAGUCGUUGUUUAGUUUACAAAUAAUAUUAAUUAAUUUACAUUAACAAUCUAACAAUUAACUUUGUUAGCCAAGAGUUUAGCAAUUAUGGAGAUAAGAUUGGAUGAAUUAUGGAAAAGAAUAACUUAAGAAUUUAUAUCUGCAAUUUAAUUGAUUGAUACUCAUUUUUAUUUAGGAGAGAUAACAUUAAUAUUUUAAUCUUUAUUAAAAAUAAGUCCAUUAAGUCCAAAGGAUCUAANAAUAAUAUGAUUAAAUAUUUUUUCGGUUCAAUCAACUUUUUUAAAAAGCAAGCUAUACAAGAGACAGCUAGAGCAACUUCAACUAAAUUAGAUUAGAUUACAAAAUAAGAAUUAACUAGAGAAGACAUUGCCAAUUUCGAUUAGUUUUAUACUAAUUUUGUAAAAAGCAUGGUGGUCAAAGAAAAUGGAAGAAAAAAAGUUAUACAAUAAACUUUCACUCCAAAUAUUUAAUAAAUAUUGGAAUCUAAAAUUGGAAAUGAUUAUUUGUAAAUCAGCGCUUUUUUACAAUUUCGAAGAGAUUAAUUAAGAGAAGAAGAAAUUGUAUAUUGCUUAAGUGAAUUAAUCAGAGCUAAAUAAUAUAUUCAUUUGAAAAAUUCAGAUUAUUUACAACACAUUGAUUCUUUAAUUUCAGAUAAGAAAUUAUAGUUCACAAAAAUUGAAUGCAUUCAAUAAAUACUUAUUAUCAAUAAACAACUACAAUUCUUAUCAGUAGAUUCUUUGAGAUUGAUUGCAAAGCAAUUAAACGAGGUUGGAUAAUAUAUAGAAAAAGAACUUGAAAUAAAUAAAGAAGAAGAACCAUUAGAGAUUUUAGCAGAAGCAUUUAUUUUAGCAUCAUAAGUUGAAUACAACCAUACAAUAACUUAGUCGCAUCUUAUUCAUGUUAGAAAAAUAAUCAAAAGGCAUUUUAAAUUACUUAAAUUUGAUACUAUAAUGAGAUAUUUUACCACAAUAAUAAAAGUAUGUUUAAAUAAAUAAUUUUUAGUAUUAAAAUAAGCUUUAGACAGAAUUAGAUUCAAUAUUAGACAUAGAAGAGUUUUUUGGUGAAAAUUAUAAUGUUUUAACUUUGGAUAAUUAUUUGACAAUAAUUGAACAUUUGGCUCUUAUAAAGUAUAAGAAGAGAAGCGAAGUCGUUGUUUAGUUUACAAAUAAUAUUAAUUAAUUUACAUUAACAAUCUAACAAUUAACUUUGUUAGCCAAGAGUUUAGCAAUUAUGGAGAUAAGAUUGGAUGAAUUAUGGAAAAGAAUAACUUAAGAAUUUAUAUCUGCAAUUUAAUUGAUUGAUACUCAUUUUUAUUUAGGAGAGAUAACAUUAAUAUUUUAAUCUUUAUUAAAAAUAAGUCCAUUAAGUCCAAAGGAUCUAACAACUAUUUAUAAAAGGAUUUAGAAUAUUAGUAUAGAUGAAUCAUACACAAUUAAAUUUUAGAUUCUGUAUAAUUUUAGUAUUAAAGGUCAUUUUAACUUUGAUUUAUUCUAAGAUUUAUGCAAUUAUGAGAAAAAUAAUUUUUAGUUUAAAUAUCUAAAUAGCUAUAAAUAUGAUAAAUUAAUAGAAGUUGUGAAGGUGAUAUUAUAUAAUUCAAUAUUUUACAAUUAACUAGAUAGAUUGGAUGAAAAAGUCGAUAUAGCAAUAUAAAAAGCUCUGGUGAUUUUAUGUAAUAAGAUGUACGAAGUUUUAAGUCAUUCAAAUUAUGAAUUGAAGAAUAGUUUCUAAACAUAUUAUGAAUUAUUUGUUGCAAGUUCAUUGUUUUAAAAAUAUAUAGAAAAUUCAGAUGGAUUGUAAAAUAGUUUGAUUAAUACAAAAUUAGAGAAUAUUAGAUAAGAUUCUUAAAAAAAAUUAGACCGUAAAAUUUAAAGAAAUUAAUUUAAUAUUAAAGAGGCUCUUAAAUUAUUAGGAUUUAUUGAGUAUUUUAAAGUGGAUUAUAAGGAAGAGGCAUUGAAAGAGUUAGUAAGAAUGAUACAAGUAAAAUUAAUAGAAUAUGAAUCAGAUUUUGAUGAAUUGAAUUUAUUAUUACAUUAGUAUAGAAUAUAGAAUAAAGAAGUAAUGUAAGAAUUUUCGACAUUAAUAUUGAGUAAAUAAGCUGAAUUAACAUUUGAACAAUUAUAAAAUUAUAGCUAUAUAUUAAAAAAAAGUGGGAAUUAAAACUAGGAUUUAGAAGUGGUAAUUAUUUAAAGAUCAUUGACAAGUAAUUCAUAUCUUGGUGUAGUUGGUUUAGAAAAAUAAAAUUAUGAAGUUAUUUUUGUAUUUAAUUGA